AUGAACGAAGAACGUAGACAUGCGAGCCGUCAGCCCAGGGAUCCAUCUCGUCCAUUAAUAACAAAGGAAGACGUCGGGCAAGCCGAGCGUAUGGUUGCAGACGCCGUCCAGAUGGUUGACGCAGCCAUGUCCAGACAUGCCACCAAAGCUCUCGCAAAGGAGAAGAAAAUGUUAAACGACGUUUGCAAAUCUGCAGAGUUCAAAUCUGGAAUGGCGGCUCUUCGGCGAGACAUUCUUGCCAAAGAAGCUUUCCUAUCCCCAGACUCCGAGCUGGUCAAGGAGAUCGCACGCGAACGUAUCGAAAGACUGGUGCACGACUUCGAGAUAAAGCUGCAACGGGACAUGCUUGCUGAGCAGGUCAGACAGCCCGCUACAAUCUCGAACAAGUCUCCUUGUUGCCACAAGCCGAAGACGCCAGGGUCUCGUCGAAAGGCUACAUCAUCGGGACCCAUGUCUCAGGGCGAGAAAAGUGAGGGGUCUUACACCACUAGUACCGAUGGGAUGGCACCUGUUGAGGUGAGUUCCACCGGCUUUGUCCACUUUCCACCACAUUCUGACGACGAAAAUGACUGGGAACGCGUAUCCCGCCAUUCGACACCGGAGCGAGCAGAGACGGAAAAGGCAGGUAACGAUAUCAACGGAACGAAGGGAUUGUUGAAGGGCUGGUUUAGCAAGUAAGCUCCAGGAGACGGUGAGCGCCUUGCCCCGAAGCAAGAUAAAAUGAGUUGUAUCGGUGUAGCAUAGUCGAACCCUUCACGGGAAGAGUGUUUGAAUAGAUUGUAUGCGGCGUCUCGUGUAAUAAACCGUAAAGUGUCAAUGUCGUGAAAUUCCAUCACCCUUCGUAUGCAGAUAUAGGUCCUUCAGUCCACACAUUAGCAGAACUGGGCAAUGCACUUCGGAGCGCGCCAUUGCCUCAAGAUGAAGCGUGCCGGACUCCUGCAUACCAUUGCUUCUUUUUCGCAGUUGUGUGUCCAUCAGCAUAACGCGACUAGAACCGCCGGAUGCGUUAUGCUAGAUACUGGCAGGCGUUUCUGACGCGUUCUCGAUGGGCUCGCAUUGUGUGCCGGGCUUGCCGUCGUGGCGCGAGAGUAAGUCUUCCAUGGCUCUGAACGUGAUACACGGCAUGCGGAUUUGAUAGAAAGUCUUAGUAGUAAAAGAAGAGCGAAGGCCU